AGAGCUGCCACACCGCGCACUUGGCUUGCCAGUGCUUGCGCUGCCUGAGCUCAGGUCUGAGGGUCAAUGGCGGGCGCGGCGGCGGCGGAGCGCAGGGUGAUCAGGGUCCUCCUCGUCGAGGACGAGGAGAUCCACCGGUUUCUGGCCAGGGCGCUGCUGCGGGACGCCGGCGGCGUGGAGCUGAGCGAGGCCUGGAACGGCGCCGAGGCGGUGCGACGCGUGCGGGAGGGCGGCGCCUACGACCUCAUCCUCACCGACCGGCAGAUGCCCGUCAUGGACGGACACGAGGUACCUCGUCGGUGCGGCUGCGAGCGCCGUUACACAACAAACUCGCCCGGUUUCAACUGUAGCGACGUCGACGAGCUGACGCCGACCGGCGUGUGCGUGCAGGCGACGCGGCAGAUUCGGGCGCUGGGCGUCACGACGCCGAUCGUCGGGCUGUCGAGCGACAGCCUCGCCGCCGACGCCGACGCGUUCAUCAAGGCCGGGGCCGACCACUUCACGCCCAAGCCGCUGUCCAAGGAGAAGCUCGACAAUAUCCUCGCCAAAUUCAAUCUCGCGUAGCUCUGCCUGCGAUCUCAGAUUCUCAAUAAGGUCCAAAAUAAAUGAAGCCUCGCAUUAGAAAAGUACUCCAUAUCGAAUUGGCUUUCUUCCCAAAGGUCUCAGUCUCUGGGCCUUGGGCCUUGUAGCUGUUUGUGUCCGAAGCUGUCGCUCAAAACAGGAAGCAGACGCCUCUGGUAGUAAUGUACAAUUCAUAACCACUCUAUGUGUUAGUAAUAGCUUUAUUAUACCGAUGUUAUAAAAAAGCGCUUUAUUAU